CUGCUUCCGGGUCGCGGUGAGUGUCGCUUCCAGAGCAGCAUGGCGGCCACGGAGGAUGAGAGGCUGGCGAGCGGAGAGGGAGAGCGGCUGGAUUUCCUGCGGGACCGGCACGUGCGGUUCUUCCAGCGCUGCCUCCAAGUCUUGCCAGAGCGCUAUUCUUCCCUGGAGACCAGCAGGUUGACAAUUGCGUUCUUUGCCCUCUCAGGCCUGGACAUGUUGGAUUCCUUAGAUGUGGUGAACAAAGAUGAUAUAAUAGAAUGGAUUUAUUCCUUGCAGGUUCUUCCCACAGAAGACAGAUCAAAUCUAAAUCGCUGUGGUUUCCGAGGCUCUUCAUACCUGGGUAUUCCAUUCAACCCAUCAAAGAGCCCUGGAACAGCUCAUCCUUAUGACAGUGGACAUAUAGCAAUGACCUACACUGGCCUUUCAUGUCUAAUUAUUCUUGGAGAUGACUUAAGCCGAGUAGAUAAAGAAGCUUGUUUAGCAGGCUUGAGAGCACUUCAGCUUGAAGAUGGGAGUUUUUGUGCUGUCCCUGAAGGCAGUGAGAAUGACAUGAGGUUUGUGUACUGAGCUUCCUGUAUCUGCUACAUGCUCAACAACUGGUCAGGCAUGGAUAUGAAGAAAGCGAUCAGCUACAUUAGAAGGAGUAUGUCUUAUGACAAUGGGCUGGCACAGGGAGCGGGACUUGAAUCUCAUGGAGGAUCAACCUUUUGUGGCAUUGCAUCACUGUGCCUGAUGGGUAAACUGGAAGAAGUUUUUUCAGAAAAAGAACUAAACAGGAUAAAGAGGUGGUGUAUAAUGAGGCAGCAGAAUGGAUACCACGGAAGACCUAAUAAGCCCGUUGACACCUGUUACUCCUUCUGGGUGGGAGCAACUUUAAAGCUUCUGAAAAUUUUCCAGUAUACUAACUUUGAAAAGAACAGGAAUUACAUCUUAUCAACUCAGGAUCGCCUGGUGGGAGGAUUUGCCAAAUGGCCAGACAGUCACCCAGACGCUUUGCAUGCAUACUUCGGGAUCUGCGGCCUGUCCCUAAUGGAGGAGAGUGGAAUCUGUAAGGUUCAUCCUGCUCUGAAUGUAAGCACACGAACUUCUGAGCGCCUUCAAGAUCUCCAUCAAAGCUGGAAGACCAAGGACUCUAAAGAGUGCUCAGAGAAUGUCCAUAUUUCUACUUGACUGACCCUGGGUCGUGGGUUUGUAGCAUAACUGUAGCUCAAGGUUAAAAGCCAUGUGUAACCAAGUGUGCUCUUUUUUAAGGGGUAGUCUUAAGUCAAAGCUUGUACUGCUAACACUGCAGGAUUGGUCUUGAUCCAGUAACCACUGUACUGGAUUUCAAGACCUCCGCAGGACUCUGUUGUGGCUCUUAAGUGUUUAUACCGUGUUUCUGAGAAGUUUCUUGGGGGAGAUCUGUAUGUGUGUUAUCUUCUUAAAACCCUUCAGUACAAGUUCUGGCUUACAAUGGACAUAAUUCUUCAAGUUUACACUUCAUAUGGCAUUGAUAAUCUUGAGGUGAGCAUUUAGUGAUCACUUAAAAAUGUCUACUGCUGAUGGUAAGAAAUUUGCUUUAUUCAAUUAAGUAUCUGGAUUAUUCUUUAAAAAUCGAUGCUCUUAUAAUUUUCUUCAAGAAUAACAUAUUUUGUGUUAUUCUUAAGAUGUGCCAACUAGACUUGUGUAACCUAAAAGGAUGAAAUUAAAAGUUCAUGGUAAGGAAAAAUAGGCUUAACUAAUACUAUAGUUUUCUACAGAGAGAGUACUGCAUAACUGAGGGAGAAGUGAUUGAACUGUGAAAUUAUGAAUGAGAAGGGUUUGUGUUGUGUGUCUUUAUUAGAGGUUCCUUGGAUGAGUACCUGUUCUGUUUUGUUUUAAUCCCAAAUCACUGGCUACUUUUUGUCCGGGCAAGGGAGGAAAUAAUCUUGGCUAUUUAGAAACAAAGACAUUCGGUGUUCUAUUCUUCUGAAGUUCAUGAUACUGUAAAUUAUACUUGUACAGUUCUUUUUAGUUGCUUGGCUGUUUUCUUUUCUUUCUUUUUUUUUUUUUGCUCAGUAUUUUAUAGCCACUAUAGUUAGCUGCUUUAUCUCUCAUUUACCAGGUUGAGCAUCUUUAAUCCAAAAUUCGAUAUCUGACCAGGUAUAGUGAGGCAUAUGCCUUUAACUCAGCACCCAGGAGGUAGAGGCAGGCAGAACUCUGUGAGUUCAAGGGCAGCUAGAACUACAUAGUGAGACCUUGUCUGUCUGCCACCCCCCCCCAAAAAAAAACAGCAACAAAAAUAAUGAAAAUCCAUUAUCUGAAAUGGUCAGAAUCUAAAUUUUUUUACUGUCAGUAUGACACAGUUGGAAAAUUCCACCACUCCAUGCAGCAGGUCUCAGAUGAGUUUCAGGGACACGGUGAGUAGUGUGUAAAGCUGCUUGAAACUGCCGAGUAAAAGGCAUGGGAUAAAUGCAUCCCGUGUUCAGGCACGGGUCCCGUCCGCAGGGGAAAGUGUUUAUGUAAAUGGCCCGAAAUCUGAACACAGAAUCUAAAAUCUGAAACAUUACUUUUAGUUCCAUGCGUUCUGGAUAGUGAGACUCAGCCUGGAAAUGAUUUUCUAAUGUUUUUAAGUUUGAUAAAUCUUUAACUACAAACAGAACCACGGAAGUAUACAUAAUCAUUUCUAUUUUUCUAUUUUUGACUAAGUGGGAAGAAAAUAUAUCCAUCUAGAGGGGAUAAACUAUGGUUUUACUUAUUCAUUGUCUUAUCUUAAUUUUGUGAACUAACAACCAAAAGAAGUUGGUGUAAAAUUCUUCGUUAGCAAUCAACUCGUCAUUAAAUCACAUCCUUGACUUAGUGACAAGAGGGAAAUUUCUUCACUAGAGGAAAUGGAUGUGUUGGUCUUGCUCAUAAUAAAAGUUAUAUCAUUAAUCUACAGACAUCAUUGUAAAAGCUAAAUUAUUAGUGUUACUGGGUAGAUAAUAACAUCUUCAUUAUUAACUAAAGAGACAUUUCCUAAAUAAUAUUUCAAAAGGGAAACCUGGCAUAUGAUUAAAAAUAAUACAUCACUUAUUGGCAUGUUUAGUUUUAGAAUUGAGUUUGCAAAGUCCAAUAAAGCAGUUUUGGGAGUCUAGCUCAUGGCCCUGACUCCCUGGCUUUGAUCCUUGACCCCAAAACUAACAAACCAACCAAAUUCUCUUUAUAAAUCAGUCUUUCAGUGGUGGAGAGAACAGCUUUACCAACAAACGUUAUCAUCCCAUGAGUUGUUCCAGUUGUUUCUGUUUAAAUCCAAGCAAAUAACAACAAUCCUGUCUCAAACUGAGUUAUCUCUUAGACAUUAAGAACUGAAACAGCGAUACGGAAAUGCUCUAGGUGUAUAGCAGAAGCCAAUGUUUUUCCUGAGUUGCUGUCAGUUAUAGAAGGUAAGAAAAUUGGUUAUUAAUAAGUAGAAGAUUUAUAACAUAAAAGUAAAUUAUAUUUUCAAACUCCUUGAGUAAUUUAUUUUCAAAGGAAUAUUAAUGGCAGAAUAAUUUUACUGUACUCAAAGAGGCUAGGUUCCACGUGAUACUUUAUGGACCAGUGAAUGUUUGUGUUUCAUAGAAACAUAUCAACCAAAAAAUGUUGAGUUGUUUUGAAGUACGGAAAAACUAUUUCUAGCUUUUCCUAAAGAGUUGUAUCUAAGAAAAUAUUUAUUAAUAAAGUAAAUUCUAAGCACUGUUAUACAUAGAACCUGUUCUCUAGCAGUAGUGACAGUAAGAGGAGAAACAUGAAGACGUGCAGCACCUUCCCUCCAGCCGGCCUCUCUCCAUUUCCUUAGUGUACUUUCGAAGAGUAAGAGCAGGAAACAUUUAUUUACUACCUACAGUUUUAGGUUUGACCUGUAAUACUUGUUUUUAUUAGACUUUUAAAUAGGUAUUUAUAAGUAAUAAAGUUCAAAUAUAAAUUUUGCUGACAGUGGUGAUAAUUUGAAGUGUCAGACCUGAUAGAAUUUGAUAAACAGAAUGAUGGAGGUUGUCUGAAGCAGGGUGACUUGAGGUUUAUACCACAUAUCUGCCCGUGAGCUGCAUGAUCUUAGACCCAAUUUUCCCUGUUGGUAAAAUGAAGUAAACAUUAGAGUAAUUUCAAUAGGCAGAUUCAGGAAUAAAUGAGAUAGUAUAUUAAAAGCACUUUUUCUCAUUAUAGUUUCAUAUGACCAUAAAAGUGUUUUUAAAAAUUUCUUAUACGAUAGAAAUCUUAACAGGGUUUAAACUGAAGGAAGAUGCUGCCAAGAGAGUAGCUUUUUAACUUUCCCAAUAAGUAACAGAAGGAAUAUCAAGUAUAGCCACAGUCAUUGCAAAACUAGGUGACAGGUGGUACCAGCCUGAGCCUCAGCAUACAAGUGAAAGAACAAAUGUGACCUGUGUGGUUUUGGCCAGCGUAGUUUCACCUCUACAGAGGAUCGAGGAGGAAAGCAGCCCGGUUCCGAAGCCCUGCAAAUCGGAGAACUGUGGUAUUGCCAUGUUCUCACUGCAGAGGGCAGUGGGCAAUCUGAAAAUGAAGGCUGAAACCCGACAGAGCUGUGCAGAAUCCUGCCAGUGAUCUGGUGAGUGCGGGACAGUGGAAGGUAUGCUGGUCAUAGUAAAAAGGACAACCUGGCCUGAGCUGUGUACUGUUUGAAGUUAGGGAAAGCACAGCACUGGGAAGAAACUAGUAGAAUUAGAAUCCAACUGGACAGGCUAGGCAUGAGACAUAAAGGAGAGAUAGCUAAAAUAAGAAUUGGGAGGAAACACCCGUAGACACAGAUGCAUGAAUAUAGGCAUGUUCAGUCACUUAAAUCACAGGAAAAGGAAGGGUACUGAGAAGAGAGAGCCACUUUGGAGCCACUUUCUAGAGCAACUCUUCUUUCUCAACAACAGUUUAACCUAAAGAAGAAAACAGGUGAGCAUUCGGUUCCCAGAAUUAGAGUGAACCAGACCAAGGCCCAUGAAACCUAACACUAGGCCAUGACAGCAGCAUACAGUGUUUGCAGUGAUACACAUUGUCUCAGAACUGGAGCAAGGACGGGAGCGGAGAAAUAUGUACAGCUCAAUAAAAACAAUUAAAAAAAACUGGAGCACGGAGCAAAACGAAACCAAGCGGAGGAAGGAGGCAAAACAAUAAUGCAAAAGCCAGUUAGUCUUAAGUCAAGAAAUGCAAAGGCUCCUUUGGCAUGGUCGGAAUCCUCAGGGAAUUUAAGACACAGAGGAGGAGCCGGCAGGAAGACAUAAGUGACAAAGGGAAGGGCCACUAAACACAACUGAUUGCCAGUUGUCCUAGGAUUCACACACAAAUUCAAAGGAAAUUUUUAGAGAAAAAUGCAGAUUAAUAAAAUUCAAUGCAGAGAAUAGAGCUACCAUAGGAAAAUGCAAACAAAAGAUCAUUGUACAAUCUUGUAAGACUGAAGAAUCUCAACAUUGCUUUAAUAAUUCCAGAGGCCAGAAGAAGGAUCUUGAACCUCAAAUUGCUACAUAAAAGGAAAAUUUUCUCAUGUUUACCUUGUAAAGUUGAUAAAAUGACAUAAAUUUUAAAACACAACAAAAAUUAUGGCAAAAAAGCAAAUUUUGGGCCAUUCAGGCUUACUAGUAUCUCCACAGGCUGGGGCGAUAGCUCUUUUGGCGGUGUUUGCCACUCAGUCACAAAAACCUGCGCUUGAUCCCCAGCACCCAAGGUAAAAAGCCAAGCUUGAUAUUGCGCACUUGUUCCCAGCGCUGAGAAAGCAGAAACAGGCAGAUACUGGAACCUGUCGGCUAGCCAGCCCAGCCUAAUCGAUGAGCCCCAAAUCCACCCACAACCCUUCCUAGAAAUAAGGUGAGGCAGGGGAGCUCUUUCAUUUGGUAGAGGCUCUUGCUACACAAGCCUGGCAACCAAAUUAGAUUUCCUAGAAUCCGUGUAAAGGUGGAAGGAGAAAACCAGCUCCAUAGAGUUGUCCUAUGGCCUCGUGCACGUCAGGACAUGUAUACCCAUACACACUAAUAAUAAUACAUCUUAAAACCUUACGUGACAAGCUGAAGAGAACUGAGGUUGACCUCAGGCCUCCACACACCUGGAAACACAAACUUAACUAUCAGUACAAACUACUCAGUGAUUUGUUAGGCCCACAACCCAGUAGCACUUGAAAGAGGGAAUAAAAUCAUGCCUCCAUUGAGUUCAUAUUAGGAAUGAAGGAUAAUUCAGCUUUCGAAAAGCUUAAUAAGGUGUUAAAGAAAAGACAUUUGAUUUAGAAUUAAGCCCUCAUAUCAGAAACUGAUAAAUAAUUCCCAAACAUUGCACCUCUACCCUGGAGGCAAGCAUCCUACUGUUGAAUCCAAAGAGCCUUUCUGAUGAAGCCAGAACAAGACUCUGCUUGCUGUGUCCUUUACUACAUAAAACCACACGAGAACUUGUAGCCAAGGAAGAUUAGAGCAAAGAUGUCAGUCAGGAAGAGAUCAGACUUGGCAAACAGGAUCAUCUACUUGAAAAACCCCAAGGAAUUUUUUGAGACACCAAACUGUAAGAGAACCUAAGUAGCAGCGGUCGUUAGCGUGCAGGCAGCGCGAGGACUGUGUUUUCACAGUUCCACAAGGCGGAGCCCAGUGUUGUCAGAAAUCACCUUCUUCCAGCCAGGUCCGCUGUCGUGAGCUUUCCAUAAGUGCGACUGUAUGGUGUACACUGUGUCUUACUUGGCUUCUUUGCCCUGGAAGAGAAUACAAGGGCUCUCUGGUGCUGAUUACAUAGGUGAAUUCAUUUUAUGAAUAUUUAUCAAGCUGUACCAUCAAUCAUGCUUUGUGCACUGUUCUGUGUAUGUAAAUACAACUCAAUAAAAAUGUUUAGUUAAAAAAAGACUACAUAACUAUAUCUGCAUAAACCCAAGCCGUUUGGACGACACACCUCUAGAUCUGUCUGUGAUUACUGAACCAGAGGCUCAUGUGUGAACUCAGUCAGACUCGUUUAAAACACCUCCAUGAGAAAAUCCUGCUUUGGAAAGGAAAACCCUUGGAAGACAACAGACUCGAACAAGUGUGUGCCUUAAUGUUAAUAGGAAGACAGCAUCAAAACAGUUUUCUUGUGUUAGUUUGUAAAUUUAAUGCCACUGCCAUAAAUACUAUGCUUGUUGAAUGAGAGAACGUAUUAGACUAUCCGUUAAAACUGGGAAAGUGAGAAGAAACCAGCCCUGCCAGACACAGAGUGUUGGCAAAAACUAUCAGAAUUGAAUAUGUACAAGCUUUGCUCAGGCAGGUCCAGGUCUACACAUUUAUAUUAAGUGCAGAAAUAGAUGCUGUGCUUUGAGGAUCUUCCGGUGUAUUUGUAAGUCAUAGGAGAAAAGACUGUUUAUGAUACAUUCAUACAGUGUGACACUCAUACAGGUGUUAAGACACACAAUGAUGUUCGUGAUAUAUUGCUAAGUGAACCAAAAGUUUGGUAUUAAAAAAAUAGUUGUGUAAACAAGGAAAAUGAAAUGUUAGACUAGUCCCAGCGGCACAUUAGAAUAAAGGUGACGUCUGAAAUCAGUGAGAAAGGGAACUUUUAACUAAGUACCUAGUUACCUAAGUAACUGUAAUUGUUCACAUAUUUACACAUUCUUUUUUUUUUUUGGUUUUUCGAGACAGGGUUUCUCUGUGGCUUUGGAGCCUGUCCUGGAGCUAGCUCAGUAGACCAGGCUGGUCUCGAACUCACAGAGAUCCGCCUGCCUCUGCCUCCCGAGUGCUGGGAUUAAAGGCGUGCGCCACCAUCGCCCGGUAUAUUUACACAUUCUUGAAGAGUGCAUAGCUUCAUCCAUCUCAAACCUCUGCAUGUGCACUAUACACCAAGAUACUGUAUAUUCUGUAUUGUAAGUUUCAGUCACUCUGUGAUACGAUGUCUCUCAAUAUGUGGAUUUUAACAAUUGAGUAUCGCCUAAGUUGUGACAAAUAUAAGGUACUUGAGAAUGUA